CUGGACAGUCUGAUGUGGAGCCUUGCCUCGGUGGAUGCCAGCCAGGGCAGGGGAUUAGCAGAUCACAAUACCCCCUCACCCUCCCCUCCCCACCCCAGGGUCCUAGAAAUGGACCUAGGGUCCCUGUCUCCCAUGGGAGAAGGAAAAUAGACCUGGCAGUUCUGGGGGGUGGGGCUCACAUUGUCAUUGUUGCCCCCACCCACAGUGCAUCUGGGUGGGGGGUUGCUGGGAAGUUGGCGCUGAUUUUCGCCGGGAGGGAGCAAUAUGUUCUGACAACUGGUGCUGGGCUGCGUUUACCCAACAGCCAGCCUGCCUGGGGAGACAAUAUUUGAAAAACAUUGUGUGGAAACUCGGGCCUGUUGGGGGUCUGUAUCAGAGCUCUGCUGGGGACACUGAGGCUGGCUCAGACCCUGCCCCUGGCCUGCUGGCCACCCUUGCUCCCCUUCUUUGGUCUCUGUAGGCAGAGCUGGAAAUGUCGCUGGCAGGAAGUCCUUCUGUAUGUCUGACCCGGAUCCCUCCUGCUGUGAUUUCAGUAGAAGUAGACCCUGCUGUUCUUUGCCUUUCCUGGCUGCUGUCUCUCUCUCUAGGCCAUCUAUGUGUUUCUCACGCAUCCUCCGCUCUCUCCUGCUCCCAACUCUAAUCAUCAGGUUCAGGUUUCCCUUUACUGAGAGGAGAGAUUUGGCUGGAGCCUGCAGGACUGGACCCAUCUCUUCCCCCAUUCCCUGAAGUGGGAGAGGAAGGAACAGCCCAUUUGGUCGGGGGGUGUAUAGACGGCUGCCUGACCCCUGGGCCCUAGGCCCCUUCCACAAUGCCUGUCGCUGGUCUCCUCCUCUGGGCUUCACUGCUCACUGGGGCCUGGCCAGCCACCCCCAGCCAGGACUACCUCCCAGCCACGCCCCGGGUCCGGCUCUCAUAUAAAGAGCUUAAGGCCACAGGCACGGCCCACUUCUUCAACUUCCUUCUCAACACAACCGACUACCGAAUCCUGUUCAAGGACGAGGACCACGACCGCAUGUAUGUGGGCAGCAAGGACUACGUGCUGUCCCUGGACCUGCAUGACAUCAACCGUGAGCCCCUCAUUAUCCACUGGGCAGCCUCCCCACAGCGCAUUGAAGAGUGUGUGCUCUCGGGCAAGGAUGGCAACGGUGAGUGCGGGAACUUCGUCAGGCUCAUCCAGCCCUGGAACCGAACACACCUGUACGUGUGUGGCACCGGCGCCUACAACCCCAUGUGCACCUACGUAAACCGCGGCCGCCGCGCCCAGGCCACGCCCUGGACCCAGAUGCAGGUGGUCAGAGGCCGAGGCAGCAGAGCCACCGAUGGUGCCCUCUACCCGACGCCCACAGCCCCACGCCAGGAUUACAUCUUCUACCUGGAGCCUGAGAAGCUCGAGUCAGGGAAGGGCAAGUGUCCCUACGACCCCAAGCUGGACACAGCCUCAGCCCUCAUCAACGAGGAGCUCUAUGCAGGCGUGUACAUCGACUUCAUGGGCACCGACGCAGCCAUCUUCCGCACCCUUGGCAAGCAGACGGCCAUGCGCACGGAUCAGUACAACUCUCGGUGGCUCAAUGACCCUUCAUUCAUCCACGCCGAGCUCAUCCCCGACAGCGCCGAGCGCAACGACGACAAGCUCUACUUCUUCUUCCGCGAGCGGUCCACAGAGGCGCCGCAGAGCCCUGCCGUGUAUGCCCGCAUCGGGCGGAUCUGCCUGAAUGAUGACGGCGGCCACUGCUGCCUGGUAAACAAGUGGAGCACGUUCCUGAAGGCAAGGCUGGUCUGCUCCGUGCCAGGCGAGGAUGGCAUCGAGACCCACUUCGACGAGCUCCAGGAUGUGUUUGUCCAGCAGACCCAGGAUGUGAGGAACCCAGUCAUCUACGCUGUCUUCACCUCCUCGGGCUCUGUGUUCCGAGGCUCUGCCGUGUGUGUCUACUCCAUGGCUGACAUCCGCAUGGUCUUCAACGGGCCCUUUGCCCACAAGGAGGGCCCCAACUACCAGUGGAUGCCCUUCUCAGGGAAGAUGCCCUACCCACGGCCCGGCACGUGCCCUGGCGGAACCUUCACGCCGUCCAUGAAGUCCACCAAGGACUACCCUGAUGAAGUCAUCAACUUCAUGCGCAGCCACCCGCUCAUGUACCAGGCCGUCUACCCGCUGCAGCGGCGGCCCCUGGUGGUCCGCACGGGCGCCCCCUACCGUCUCACCACUGUGGCCGUGGACCAGGUGGACGCAGCCGACGGGCGUUAUGAGGUGCUUUUCCUGGGCACAGACCGCGGGACAGUGCAGAAGGUCAUCGUGCUGCCUAAGGACGACCAGGAGAUGGAGGAGCUCAUGCUGGAGGAGGUGGAGGUCUUCAAGGACCCAGCACCUGUUAAGACCAUGACCAUCUCUUCCAAGAGGCAACAACUGUACGUGGCCUCAGCUGUGGGCGUCACACAUCUGAGCCUGCACCGCUGCCAGGCAUAUGGGGCCGCCUGUGCUGACUGCUGCCUCGCCCGGGACCCCUACUGUGCCUGGGAUGGCCAAGCCUGUUCCCGCUACACAGCGUCCUCUAAGAGGCGGAGCCGCCGGCAGGACGUCCGGCACGGGAACCCCAUCAGGCAGUGCCGUGGGUUCAAUUCCAACGCCAAUAAGAACGCCGUGGAGUCCGUGCAGUACGGCGUGGCAGGGAGCGCAGCCUUCCUCGAGUGCCAGCCCCGCUCGCCCCAGGCUACCGUGAAGUGGCUGUUCCAGCGAGAUCCCAGUGACCGGCGCCGCGAGAUCCGCGCGGACGACCGCUUCCUCCGCACCGAACAGGGCUUACUGCUCCGCGCCCUGCAGCCUGGCGAUCGCGGCCUCUACUCCUGUACAGCCACUGAGAACAACUUUAAGCACGUCAUCACACGGGUGCAGCUGCACGUCCUGGGCCGGGACGCCGUCCAUGCAGCCCUCUUCCCACCGCCAGCUGCGAGCAUUCCACCGCCCCCGGGCGCCGGCCCCCCCACGCCCCCUUACCAAGAGCUGGCCCAGCUGCUGGCCCAGCCAGAAGUGGGCCUCAUCCACCAGUACUGCCAGGGCUACUGGCGCCACGUGCCCCCGAGUCCCAGGGAGGCCCCAGGGGCACCCAGGCCUCCUAAACCCCAGGACCAGAAAAAACCCCGGAACCGCCGCCACCACCCGCCGGACACAUGAGGCCUGCUGUCUGAGCCCUGCAAUGGGCCAGCCUCUAGCCCUUGUUCCUUUUAAUAUAAAAGAUAUAUAUAUAUAUAUAUAUAAAAUAUCUAUAUUCUAUAUACACCCUGCCCCUGCAAAGACAGUAUUUAUUGGUGGGUUGUAAAUAACCUGCCUCAACGGCAGCAUCGUCCAGAACUUAGACCCAAGCUGGUCAGAGACAGCAGAAAACAGAGCCCACCUAACCAGGCCCAGCCAGUUGGCCGGGUCAGGCCAGGACCACACAGUCCCCAGGCUCACCUGGGAGUCUACCUGCUCGACAGCCACCGGCGGGAUCGACAGGACACAGGGAGACAGCAAGCUCUACCUGGAUGGGGCACGGACUGUACACACACCUUUGCCAGUGUGUUCCGUCAGCCUGUGCUGUUGGCGUGCACGUGGAGGCGAGGACUGCUUUGGAGACUGGGGGUGGGGGGCGGGGGCUCAGAUGCACUCAGAGAAGGGAAGAAGGGGGCGGCACAGGAUGCCAGCGCCUGCCUGGGAGAGGGGCACUCAGUCAAGGCCAGCCCUUUCCUGGGUAUUUAUUCUCUAUUUAUUGGGGAUAGGAGAAGAGGAGCCCUGCCUGGGUGGGGCAGCCCCUCCGGCCCCUCCGGCCCCUCCUUCCCACCCUGCCUGGCCUCUCUACCUCCUCUUCGCUUUUUCUGUGCCACUGUGACUCGGGGGCUGGGAGAACAGCAGAGGGGCCAGGCUCAGGUAGCACUGAGGGGGGAGAGGGCCAUGGCGGAGGCCUGGGGCCUGCAGGGGCUCCCCAGGGCUCCCUUCUGCCCACCACUUCAGAUGAUGGGUGUAAAUAGCUCUGGGGGGCAGUUGGGUAGGUGGGUGGGGGCUCCUGGCAGCCCUCUGCUGCCCGGCCGCACCUGCCCUUGGGUUCCAUCUUGCUAAUAAACACUGGCUCUGGGACUGGA